AUGGCUAGCAAAGACUUAAAGAAAUUGCUUGAUGCUUAUUGGGUUGAAUUUAGAAGGCGGCCCAGCAAUGUUCGGUUCAAAUAUAAGCCUACAAUUCAUUAUUUGAAGAAUGCAAUACUGGAUGAGAAACGGUCAGUGAAUCGAGUACGAAGCAACCAACUGAAGUCUGAGUGGUUUAGAAUAAAGGACCCCAAUCUACAGAGAUCGAGUCUUACCGAUUUGCGCAAGCUUUUGCUCUUUGAUUUGGUUGCUGAUGAAAAUACAAAGUUUCAAUUAGUUAGCGAUUCAGCCAUAUUGAGGCGAAAGUUGGUUCCUCUACGUGAUAACUGGAAGCGAAUUGCAAGUUUAAUGCUACAUCCGUUGGAUGGUAAUCUUUUCAAUGAUAAUGAUGAUCCUAUACAUGCCUUGAAUGAUACAUACAGCACUAAGUUGGGUUUUAGAUAUUACCAGGCCAUCAGAGCACAUUCAAAGGACAAUGCGCACAAAAUAGACGAACUAUUGUGGCCCAAAUUCGAAUUCUCUGAAUUUUGUAGAGGAGUAGCAAUUGGAGAUAAUAUAUUACAACACCUGAAUGAGGAUGAUUUAAAGAGGAUACGAUUCAUUAACCCAAUAACAGGCAAUGAAAUGCCAUUGACUAGAUCUCCAGAACUUAUUCCUGAAGGAUAUAAUGCUAUUGGACUGUUUCCAUACUUCAUUGAAGAACAUAGACAAGCGUUCCCAAAAGACCCCUUAUGGAAAACAUAUUCCCUCUAUCAAUCAUCAAUCCUAGACACUGAUAGUAUUAGAGGCCAAUACAAUCAUCUGAUAAGUAAUACUAAUAUACCGGAGUGGCACAAGAAUGAGAAAGUACAAGUUGAAGUUAGAAUGGAUAACAUUGACGAUGUCAAUACUUUUGACAAGGUUAAAGCUCUAUCUAAUCGUUAUUAUAAACUCUGGGUUGAUGACGCUAAGAACGACCCUACAUGCCCAGCUGACAUUAUAAGAAGUGUACUAUUCUCAGGUGCGUUUAGAGAGCAAUUGAUAUCGGAGGAAUUCCUAAAACAUUAUAUUGCCUUUUCAGCUUACUCUAAAAUACUGAGGACGACAAAAAAAUGGAAAAGAGAUAUUGAAGAUAGAAAAAUUAUUGAUUUAUUGUCAAUAAAUUGGAAGCCAUGGGACAUAUUCAUCGCAGGCCGAUAUCAGGAACUAUGUGAAAAAUACAACAGAACAAACUUUAGGAUAUAUGAAGACGUAUUGAAAUAUAAGACUGAAUUGGAAGCGUUUAUAUAUGACCUAAAUAUUCAUACCCAUACCAUGGCCAGUGAAAUGAAAAUGGACACCGAUCAGUUUUUUGCUGUCAAGGAAGGCUGCAAAUAUUCUAGAGCUGCAGAAAUAUUGGCACUUUACCAACAUCUUUUGAGGAACCCUGAGAUAAUUAAUGUGUUCCAUCCCGUGAUGACAAAUUAUAUGGUCAAGCAGAUAUCCACAAAUAAUAUUCAGGUCACUGGACAAUUUCCAGUAAAUGAAAAAGGAUUGUCUUUGGGGAAAAGCAUUUUAGAAAUGAUACAACUAACAUUAAAGUGUGAUAAUAUGAUGUAUGAAAACAGAUUUUCCACUGAUAAAUCAAAUAGGUCAAAGAUCAAGUCUGAUACAAGAGAUUUUAAACUGGUUAUAACUUGUAAUAAUUCGAUGACCCAUGAAAUGCAAGGCCUCAUCCGUUAUUGUACACCUAUGUCGAUAGCUUUUACCUCUGUUCUUGAAGAACAUCAUGUACCAUCUUUCAGUGAAUGUAUUUACAAGAAGUAUAUCGCUGAAUUCGAUGCGACAGUAUGUCUUUACCAGAGAGUAAAACCCAAGACAAAACCAGCAUCUACAGAGAAAUUGAUCAAGAGUACUUUGUCAAAACUGGAAGCCAAUUUCACUGACUAA